AUGGGGUACAUACACAACAAUGCGCUGUCCCAGGGUAGAAAAAAUAACUGGCCACCUCUUCCUCAGAAUUUUCCAGUGGGUCCAUGUUUCUAGCAGGACUUUUCUGUAGACAUUCCUGUAGAAUUUCAGAAGACAGUAAAGAAUAUGUACUAUUUGUGGAUGUUCCAUACAGUGACACUGUUUCUCAAUAUCUUUGGAUGUUUGGUCUGGUUUUACAUUGAUGCUACACGAGGGGUUGAUUUUGGAUUGAGUAUCCUCUGGUUCUUGCUUUUUACCCCUUGUUCUUUUGUCUGCUGGUACAGACCACUUUAUGGAGCUUUCAGGAGUGACAGUUCAUUCAGGUUCUUUGUGUUCUUCUUUGUAUAUAUCUGUCAGUUUGCUGUACAUAUACUUCAAGCUGCAGGAUUUCAAAGAUGGGGAAACUGUGGGUGGAUUUCAUCUCUUACUGGUCUUAAUAAGAGUAUCCCUGUUGGCAUUAUGAUGAUAAUCAUAGCUGCACUUUUCACAGCAUCUACUGUUAUUUCAUUAGUUAUGUUUAAAAAGGUGCAUGGUCUCUACCGCACAACUGGUGCUAAUUUUGAGAAAGCGCAGCAGGAGUUUGCAACAGGAGUGAUGUCCAACAAAACUGUACAAACUGCUGCAGCCAACGCCGCAUCAACAGCAGCAACCAGUGGAGCUCAGAAUGUGUUCAAGGCACGGGGCCCGGUCAGACCCUGCGGCACCGACCCCCGCCUCGACACGGUGGCAGCCCAGACCCCGACCGCCCCGGCUCCUAAAGCCGAGCGGCCGCCUGACACAACCAGCGCGCCGCGAGCCAGCGCCGCCCCCGGCACCCCCCCUCUCCGUGCCGGGAACCAAGCGGCCGCCGCCGAAAGCAGCUCGGCUGGCACGGCCCGGGCACGGUUGCCGGAGGCGCGGCAUCUCGCCGCGGGACGGAGGGGACCGGCGCCGCCACACCCGGACCAGUGCUACCGCCGCUGCGAAACCGAGUUGGCUGUGCGCAGAGCCGACCCAGCGCCGCCGCUGCCUGCCGCUGCCUCCACGCCGCCGAACACGCCGCUGAGACACGCAGCACAGCCCCGAUCCAGCCAUCCGCACCUGGACCCCCGCUGUGGAUCCGAGUGA